UCUUCUACACUGACAUCAUUGCUAUUAAAGUCACGGGGCAUGACCAAUGGUGACUGGUUGCUACUGAAAAACUCAGCCCUCCUCUCUCUCUCUCUCACACACACACAGAGAAAUGGCAUUCAAGAACAACAUCCUAGUCUGCACACCACUGGAAUGUGAAACUGAGGAAGAAAUGGUGGGUUCCAUGGAGAUAGCCAAGGCAGAAGGUGCAGACCUUGUGGAGCUUUGUGUCGAUUCCAUGUCCUUCUCCCACAUUUCUGAGGUUAAGAAGCUCAUUCAACACAGAACUCUCCCUGCCAUUGUCUCUUACAGGCUGAAAUCGUCGAGGACCUCAGGCAAAGGAGUCAGCAAGUGUCUCUGCUUGCAAGUACUGAGACUGGCUCUUGAAGUAGAUGUUGAAUUCGUUGAAAUGGACUAUGAGGUAGCAUCGGAUAUUAUUGUCAUGGCUGAGCACUUGUACGGGCGUGUGAAUAGCAGAAUUAUCGUAUCAAGUUAUGUGAACGGCGGGAAACCUUCGACAGAGAAACUGGGUCAUCUGAUUGCAUGCAUGCAAUCUACUGGGGCAGAUGUUAUCAAGCUUGUAAUUGACGUGGAUUAUAUCACUGAUCUAGCACCGGUUUUUGAGAUGCUCACUCAUUGCCAGGUGCCAUUAAUUGUUAUUGCAGCGGGCAGUAGAGGUCUAAUAAGCCAGCUCUUGGGUCCUAAAUUUGGUGGUUUUCUAGUCUAUGGAUCUCUGGAAUGCAAAUCAAUACCUGGGUUGCCAACUUUACUCAGCAUUAAACACGUUUACAAGCUUGAACACCUGAACGCAGAUACGAAAGUUUUUGGUCUCAUUUCAAACCCGGUAGGCCAUAGCAAGGGUCCCAUUCUGCACAACCCUGCAUUCAGACACAGUGGAUAUAAUGGAAUUUACGUCCCCAUGCUCGUCGAUGAUAUCAAGGAGUUCUUUCAAACCUAUACGGGCACCGACUUCGCAGGUUUCAGUGUUGGAAUCCCACACAAGGAAGCAGCAGUUGGAUGCUGUGAUGAAGUACAUCCAUUGGCUAAGUCCAUAGGAGCUGUAAACACUAUAGUAAGAAGGCCUAUUGAUGGGAAGCUGAUUGGUUAUAAUACAGAUUGUGAGGCUUCUAUCACUGCAAUUGAGGAUGCACUAAGAGAUAGACGACUUCUCAAUGGGGAAGCAUCAGAUACUUCUCCUAUAGCUGGGAAAACUUUUGUUUUGGUUGGAGCAGGGGGUGCAGGAAGAGCACUUGCCUUUGGAGCUAAAAGUAGAGGAGCUAGGGUUGUCAUAUUCAACAGGAGUUAUGAAAGAGCAAAGGCUCUUGCAGAUGCAGUUUCAGGAAAAGCUUUUCCAUAUGAAUGUCUAGAAAGAUUCAGCCCAGAGAAGGACAUGAUCCUUGCCAAUGCUUCUGCAAUAGGAAUGGAACCUAAUUCAGAUCAAACUCCUGUUUCAAAGGACGCCCUGAGAGCAUAUGGACUAGUUUUUGAUGCGGUUUAUACGCCUAGAAAUACACGGCUCUUGCAAGAGGCUGCAGAGAUAGGGGCCACUGUGGUGAGUGGAGUUGAGAUGUUUAUCAGGCAGGCCCUUGGGCAGUUCAGACUGUUCACUGGUGGCUUAGGAAACUUGGUAGUUGGUAACACUUCAGUUGUACUACUUUGCAGCUCCAGAGGAUUUCAUGCGCAAGCUGGUUCUGGAACAAUUCUGAUUCUUAUACCCAAGUGUUACACUUCUAACCAUAGGAGGCUGGGAAGGAAGUGCAGUGCGGCGGCAUGAAGAAGCAAAGGGGAACGUGCAAAGUGAAUGACCGAAAGGAUAGGGUUAGAAGGAUAAAGAUGUGGGAGUACUUUCGACUGUUGAUCUCUUGAAAGGCUGAGAUGGAGCCAGCGUGAUAAAGUAAGAUGAAGAAAAGGUUCUAGAAGAGGAAUCCGGAAAUAAAGACGUUAUUGCCAUUUGUUGUAGCCUGAGGGCUUAAUUGUCUUUUCAUUAAAAUGCUGUUAGAGUGUCUGAUACUUAGUCACAUGGACGGUAUCAAUUUCUGUUAUGCAAUUUGUUAAAUGAAAUAUCAUCUUCUUUCUCUCGUUCUCUGGAGGUCCUCACCCUCUAAGUGAGUUUUU